UGCGUAAACAAAGAAUUACACCUUUUGUACACAUUUGUCGGUCAGACCUACCUCUUAUUCACACUAAUGAAUAAGAGAGUAUUUAUAAUGUGCAUAGAAAAUGUACAAAUUAAUGUCAUUUUCAAAAAGUUAUGCAGAUCUCUACUCCUCAUUCUAAAACCCGGCAAGACCUCCAAAUUUGACACAAUUAUGUAACAACAAAACAAAAAUAAAUCUAAGACUUCAAACGAGACAAAUUAAAUAUAAAAAGGUCCUCUUGUAUUGGGAGCAGUAAAUCACAACAAUGACUCUGAACUCGCUGUAAAAUGUUAAUUCUUACUAUCCCAAAAGAUGUUAAUGAAACUCCGGUGGAGCCUUCCAUUCCUACAUCAAAAGAAGAUGUGGUGGCUGGACCUGAAACAUAGUUAUCUAUAUAUAUAGUAAAUACGGAGUUCUGUAUUUACUAGCAUCGAGAGAGAAGGUGAAUAAUAAAUUAAAGAUGCUGAUUGGCCAUGAAAGUUGUCAAGUUGGAGAGGGAAAUUUAAAGGUAGGUGGUGAUGAUAAGCUGGUGAUUGGAAGGUGUAGGGAAAUGUGUUUUUUGACAUAAAUAUUCACAUUAUACAUUGCAUACAUGUCCUCAAAAAUCAUUUUCGUCCUUUCCAUGGCCAAAUUUAUUCCCCGGAUCCGACCCGGAUCCACUCAACCAGCAACCACAACCUCUGUGUCCUUACAUCAGCCAUACACUGCCCUAAGCUGAGCCAUUGCCGAACUUCUAUUUGUUCUUUUAUGUGAGGUAAGUUUCGGAUUGAAUCGAACCUGCAUUUUGGAUUUUGAGAAGCUAUCAUGGAUCAAUGCGCGAUUCCGGAUUUCGAGAUCGAUGAGGACUACUGCUCCCCUCUUCCCGUUGUUCCGCAGCCGAAUGUUUCUGGAAAUACUAAGAAGUCUGCAGUGGCAGAAGAGGAAAUCAUGGAGUUAUUGUGGCAGAACGGUCAGGUAGUGGUGGUGCACGCUCAAAACCAGAGAUCUGUUAAAAAACCGACUCCGUUCGGCAGCAGCGAUGCGACGAUUCCGCUUCCUCCCGCCGGCGACGUCAGAUCAGCGGCGGUGGAUGAAAUGCCAGCGCCUCAGCAUCUGUUCAUGCAGGAGGAUGAGAUGGCGGCUUGGCUUCAAUGUCCUCUGGUUGAGUAUCCUAUCGACCGGUAUCUCGGAGCCGAUCUACUGUAUCCGGCAGCUUCAGCUGCGCCGCCACCGCGGGACGGGAGACCAUCCGCGUCUCAGAUCCGACAUCCGCCGGCUCCUCAGUUAUCCGCCGACGCUCCUCGGCCGCCUAUACCUCCCGGAAGGCGAACAGAACCGGAAAGCGCGUCGCGUUUCCAGAACUUGGGAAACCUACCGCGAUUGGCUCGCCCGAAUUUCAGAGCCGGAACGUCGAGAGACUCGACGGUUGUGGAGUCCAAUGAGACUCCGAUGGUAGGGAGAGAACACAGAGUUUCACGGGUAGCGGACAGAGCAGCGCAGAUUGCCGGCGGCAAUGUAGGAUGCGGGAUGGAAGCUGCUAGAACAUCAAACGGAGGAAAGGGAACGGGAACGUGUGAAUUGAGUUUGACGACGUCGCCGGGAAACUCCGGCGCCAGUGUCAGCGAAGAGAAGUCAAUAGCUCCGGUGGCGGAGGAUCGGAAGCGCAAAGCAAGGGAAACGGACGAGGAGGGCCAUAACGCGGAGGCUGAGUCAGCGUCUGCUGAUGCAAAGAAGCAAUCCCGUGCUUCUGGAUCGACCAAGCGAUCUCGUGCUGCAGAGGUCCAUAAUCUAUCCGAAAGGAGGCGUCGAGAUAGGAUCAACGAGAAAAUGAAAGCUCUGCAAGAACUAAUUCCACGUUGCAACAAGUCAGACAAAGCUUCAAUGUUGGAUGAAGCUAUCGAGUAUUUAAAAUCAUUACAGUUGCAAGUGCAGCAUAUGAUGCAAUAUAAUGUGAUUUGGACCCAGGACCCUCAAUGCAGUAUCUACAUGUAGCCCUCAAUGCAGUAUCUACAUAUGAUGUCGAUGAGUCAUGGAUGUGGAAUGAUGCCAAUGAUGUACCCCGGAUUCCAGCAGUACAUGCCUGCUGCAAUGAGUCUUGGGAUGGGGAUGGGAAUGAACCCACAGGUUGGACCGUACCCAACUGUUCUUCCAACUUCCUCCAUGCCAAACCCUUCCCCUGCUACAUCUUUGGGUCCAAGAUUCCCUAUGCCCACUUUUCCCAUGCCUCCUCCCUUUCCAGUUCCUGAUCCCUCAAGAAUUCCAGCUCCUAGCCAGCCACCACCAGAUCCUAUGCUAAACUCGCUUGUCCCUCAUAAUAAUUCUAACCAAUCGCCUUUCCCAAUUCCCCCCACAGAUGCAUACCAACAUUAUCAGCUUGGUCUUCACCACAGCCAAGUCACACAUCAACCGAAGAUGGAACAUCAUAUUAACAAGCUAGCUAGCAGCAGCAAAGAUGUUAAUAACUCGACGAACCAUCAAUAUGGCUGAAUUCCAUGUGGAUAGUUUAUGUAAGAGGCGUCUUCCCAAACUAAAUUUUGUAGUGUAAACAAAAAGAGGAACACAAUGCAGAAUUGCAGACACAUCUGGCAUAUUUCAUACAGAUGAAGCUUACAGCUAACUUGUAAUUAGUAAACCAAUCUUCAUUGUGAUUUUCAGUUAAUUAAUGGAAUUAUUUCUGAUUGUUUUCAGUUACCAAUUGAACUGAGGCAAUCGUUUGACAAUGACUGCUUAUUAAUGGACAAGACUAUGUAAAUUCAAAGAAGCAAAAUGUUCAUUCUGUAUUAUGUAAGGAGCCCUUGAGUGUACGUUUGUAAUCCCAAAAAUGUCAAGGAAAGAAAAUAUGUAUGAACAUGUAAGCAAAUUUUGGAAGGAAAGAAAACUUGGAACACAACUAUUGGUUCAAAGUUCAAACUUGAUAGUUUUAGAAUGCGUGGAACAUGACUAUUAAAGUAUUAUUAUGUAUAUAAUAUUUGUGCAAAC